AUGCCAUGCUUCAAAGGGCUUGCUGUUAGUAUACACACCCCGGACGGACCGCUUCCCGAGCACUCGAUCCAGCGCCAGUCCCGGGCCUCGCGCAUCACCUCCUACAUCCCCGUUCCGCCUCCCAAGAUCCCAGAAACAGGUGAAGGAAAACCGGAACAGUCUACUUUUGCAAUCUCCAUUACAUUGUUGAAUCCCGGACAAGAUGUGCCAUACUCGGCCCCGAAACCGACGCCCGACGACCCCGCUCCCAAACCCAAGGUCGUUGGCGGUCUCCCAGGACAUAUGGAGCAACGUGGGCUAUACUCGAGCACGGUUUCACCGUAUCAGGCGCUGACCAACUCUCCGAACGAGACCGUUGCGGCUUACAUAUACUUUGAUGGCCGGCAGAAGGAGGAAGUCGCUACACUGCUCCGUCGAGGGGAAGAGACCUGGGUGAACUCCCGAUGGGUCAGCAUUCCAGAUUCGGAGGGAGGUGGUUUAGCAGAACGAGAAUUCCUCUUCCGCGAGGUCGGACUGGAAAGGUGGCUUAAUGGUCUGGAUUUGGAGGGAAACAAGGACGCCGCGGCGAAGAUCGAGCGGCGACGGCAGAAAAUGGAGAAGCGCCGACACAGGCGUGAGCUUGACGGUAACAAUGACAUGGAAAUGGAUGGCAAGAACAAGUCCGAUAGGGGCGUCAUGCGUUAUGGCAACGAUACGAAGUCGCCCCUCGAGGACGUUUCCGACGACGAUGUAUCGCUCCCUAGCUCCGACGACGACCCGGUUCCAGAGUCUACGGGUCAAAUCAAGGUCGCGCUUUUCCGUGUUCUCGCUUCAGGUGAAAUCAAACGCGGGGAAUAUUCCCCGCAAUUCGAUGCACACGACGAUGAUGAAGACGGCCAGGGAGGCCAAGGCGGCGGUGACGAAGACAUCGACCAUACCACUAGCUUCGCGAAGCCGAAAUCUCUUGAUCCGAAGUCUAUCAGCACGCAAACAGUCACCGGGAUUGAUCCGUCCGACAAGCCGUAUGCGAUUUUUACCUUCAUGUACCGGGGAGAACGACAACUACAGAAGAUGGGAAUCCUGAAGGAUUCCAAGCCGCAGGAAACCCCCGGUUCCGCCAAACGCCGAUCGCAGCAGCUUGACUUUGCGAAUCUCGGUCCAUUGAAGCCUGGUGGCACGGUAGGCUUUCUGAAUUUCCGCGAUAACACAGAAGGGCGGAAGAAGGACAAAAAGAAGAGCAAAGCGAUGGCGGACGACGAUGAUAUGGACAGCGAUGAUGAUGAGGAUGACCGAAUACUCAAUCAGGCGGACGAGGAAGAGGACAAGGACAAGGACAACCAGCACCUGUCCCCCGAUGAUAUCAAACGACAGGGUGAAUUGGCAGAGGGCCUACGCCAGAUUAAGCUUAAACGUCAACACUCGGCCGCAUCGCUCGCUGGGAGCUCUCGGCGGGAGAGUCCCAAUACAACAGGGGCUACUCCGGCAUCGUCGACUCUUUCCACGACCCCUCCAACGGCAACAUCAGCACCUGCAGGUACCACCGGUGCAGCACCAGAAACACAACAGCAGCCGAAUACGGUCAACGGAGAAUUCAUUGGCAGUCCACUAAAGAAGCAGCGUCCCAGCGUAUCGCAAGCAGAUGAAUCUUCCUUCAGACGACGGAUGGAGUCAGGCCUGUCAAAACAAAUAAGUGAAGUCCUAGGCAGCGGCGAUAAGAGCGGAGGUGCUGCAAGCGACCUCAUGGGUGGCCCGCUCGGUCCUCCUCUGAACGAGGGCUUGCAGUCGCCGAAGACUCUUAACCCCCCAACGAUUAACCCACCCGAGAAUAUGACGGGACUCGAUGCCAAAACCGACCAAAUCCUGCAAAUCUGCUGCUUCGUGACCGACGCCAACCUCAACCUCCUUGACACCACGGGCUUCGAAACCGUCGUCCAUGUUCCACAGACCGCGCUGGAUUCCAUGUCGCAGUGGUGCAUCGACACGCACGGCCGCACGGGGCUCACAGCGCGGGUGCAAAACUCAACCGUCACGCCCGACGCCGCGGCCGCCGAACUCCUUGCCUACAUAAAGCGAUACGUACCGAAGCCGCGAACAGCGCUGCUAGCUGGGAAUAGUGUGCAUGCAGACAAAGCGUUCCUGGCGUGUGGACCGUACGCGGCAGUGCUGGAGUGGCUGCACUAUCGGAUUGUGGAUGUCAGUACAAUCAAGGAGGUUGUCAGGCGGUGGGGGGAUGAGGGGCUGUUGAGCAGCGUCCCGCCCAAGAAGGAGGUGCACGAAGCCAGGGAGGACAUUCUGGAGAGCAUUGAGGAGAUGAAAUACUACAGGGCGGUUCUUUUCAGUAAAUAA